AUGGCAUUCACAAACACUCCUCUCUACGGCGGCGCAAUAACCCUCGACCUCCCCUCUAACUUCGACGACGCAUCUCAAAUCCGACAAAUCCCCGACCACCAAGAAGUCUACCUCGACAGCGAUGGCUACUCCAGUAUCGUCGUCGAGAUACUAGAGUAUGUCGAGAAGAGCAAUGAUGAAGAAGCACUGCAGUACCACUUUGGCGAUCUAGUUGAAGGCACGGGUGACCAGACUACCAUCAUUUCGCAGGACCGUGCUGUGAUCAAAUCUCUGCCGUACGUACCAUCUAGUAUCACCAGAAAAGAAAACCAGAGCGAGGGCAUGGUAGAGGACAACUCAGUCUUGACACUAUCAUUCAUCCAAACCCCACCAACACCCAACCCUCACCCCAACCGCAAGACUCCCGAGUUCACCUAUAUCCACCUGAUUCUUCUUCGCCUCAAGGAUCAAGGUACCGAUAUUAUGAUAUCAAUCAACAUCCCGCACUACCCAGGCGAGUACACUCCAGCAGAAGAGCAAGGCGGGGAGACGCCGUUGAUGAAGGAUAGUAAGGCAGUGAGGGAGAAGGUAUUGGAGAGCUUCCGGGUGAAGGAAUGGGGGCUUUUUGAAGGCUAA